AUGUUUUGGCCUAGAAUUGCUACCGUUCCGCUCCUGGCACAAUGUGUCCUAUCACAGAACAUGCUACGAUUCGCAUGUUCGCAGCUGACUGUCGAACGAGCGGAUCCACUUGUGACUCCCGGGCAGCGGCCUUCACCACAUACCCAUCAGAUCAUUGGAGGGAACUCUUUCAAUCUUACCAUGGAACCCGGCGUGUUUGAUCCACCUACUCGCUCCACAUGCACAUCCUGCACCUACAGUGAGGAUUUCAGCAACUAUUGGACCGCGUCGCUAUACUUUCGGUCACCUGAGAAUGGUACUUUUCAGCGAGUACCUCAAUUCGCCAAUGUCGGGCUCCAACAGGAUGGCGGAAUGACGGUCUAUUACAUGCCCUAUUCGGCGAAGAAUAACAAGAUGACAGCUUUCAGGCCUGGGUUUCGCAUGAUCGCUGGCGACCCUAUGGCCAAAAGGCCCAACCGUGUUAGCAUUUGUCAUCGAUGUUUGGGCAAUGGGGAGGGUUUUGCUCCGUGCGAUGCGAAAGACACUGCAGAGCUCCCAAACAAGUAUUGUCCGGGUGGUAUUCGGGCGACAGUCAUCUUUCCGUCGUGCUGGGACGGUAAGAACCUCGACUCGCCAGAUCAUAAGAGCCAUGUUGCGUACUCGAAUAGCGGUGGUCUCGGAUCCCCAAAUUGCCCCAGUACGCACCCGGUUGCUAUUCCACAAGUCAUGUACGAGAUCAUGUGGGACACUGGACGAUACAAAAACAAUGCAUGGUAUGGCAAUGGUAAACAGCCUUUCGUAUAUAGCUUUGGAGACGGUACCGGUUAUGGCCAGCACGGCGACUAUCUCUUUGGUUGGAAAGACGACUCUUUACAGAGGGCUAUGGAUGCUCUGCCGAGUGGCAAGUGCGCUAACGCCAACUGCCAAGUUUUGAAAAUACAGUCUGCGCAAGAUUCGAUGAAGUGCAAGAAAUCGCAACAAGUGGUUGAGGAUGUUGGUGUGGGCGGAAAUUGGCUCAAAGAGCUCCCAGGUGGUAUGCCGGUCACCUAUUAA